UGCCAGAGAUUGAACUUAAUCCUGGUAAAGUGCCGCGUUUUCUUGAUUAUAUGCUGUUUUGCUAUAGUAUUCUAAUAUAAUUUGCUAAAAUUAUCUGACAGAAAAAUGCAGGCCUUUCUCAAAACUGGGAAAAUAUCAGCCUCAGCUAAGCCGACGCCGUCCGGCACCAAACCAACAAAGAAGAAACCGCCGGCACCAUGGGUCGAGAAAUACCGUCCAAAAACUAUUGAGGACAUCGUAGAUCAGGGCGAGGUAGUUCAAGUGUUGAGAGAAUGCUUGUCGGGCGGUGACCUGCCGCACCUGUUGUUCUACGGGCCGCCGGGCACGGGCAAGACGAGCGCCAUCCUGGCGGCGGCGCGCCAGCUGUUCGGCGACAUCUCGCGCGACCGGGUGUUGGAGCUGAACGCGUCCGACGAGCGCGGCAUACAGGUCAUCCGUGACAAAGUCAAGUCAUUUGCACAACUCACAGUCAGCGCCACCAGGCCAGAUGGAAGGGCGUGCCCUCCAUACAAGCUGGUGAUACUGGAUGAAGCGGACUCCAUGACCACGGCGGCGCAGGCGGCGCUCCGCCGCACCAUGGAGCGCGAGACGCGCACUACACGCUUCUGCCUGAUCUGCAACUACGUGUCUCGCAUCAUUCCACCGAUCACGAGUCGCUGCUCCAAGUUCAGAUUUAAGCCCCUGGCGAGAGAAAAUGUUAUAAUGAGGCUGCGCGAGAUCUGCUCGUCGGAGGGCGUGGAGAUCGGGGACGGGUCGGUGCUGGAGCAGGCAGUGGGCACGUGCGAGGGCGACCUGCGCCGCGCGCUCACCGCGCUGCAGUGCUGCCAACGCCUGCUCGGGGAGGUCACGGCCGAGGGGCUCGUCGAGGUGACGGGUUUGGUACCCGAGAAACUAGUCAACGAGUACCUGGCUAUCAAGAACUACGGGGAACUGGAACAGUUUGUUGACAAUUUCCUAAUGGAAGCGUACUCGGCGUCGCAGCUGCUCGAGCAGGCGUCAGCGGCGGUGGUGUGCGCCGGGCACCUGACCAACCGGCAGAAGGUGCGCAUCAGCGAGAAGCUGGCGGGGUGCGCGCACCGGCUGCAGGACGGCGGCGCCGAGGCCAUGCAGCUCACCGACCUGGGCUGCGUCAUCAUCAUGGCCAACAACGACCCCUGAUGCGAAUGCGCCCGGUGCCUCCACUCAUUCAUACUCUGUUAUCUCUUAACCGUCUCGACUAUUUUUUUAUGGUAUAUCUCGUAAUACCCGUACGGGUCAGAAUGAAUUCAGCUUAAAAUGUUUUAAGCUUAUUCACACGUAUACCUAGCCGUUUUAUACGCCGACGCUCAAAAGGCGCUAGUUCUUAAUAUUCUGUUGUUCAUGCGUUACUUAUGAGUCUAUUUAAAUCAUUCGCUUUUUUCUACAAGUCAAAAGUGUAGUUUAAUAUUAGCGAUAUACACAAAAUCCUAAUCUCUAAAUCAAUAUUUUAAUUAUAAAUAUGACUACUUAAAUCACGUAACAAUGUAAAAAAUGUAUGUCAUCAAAAUUACAUACAUUUUUGAUCUGAUGAUACCAACCUUUAUAAGAAUGUAAUUCUGGUGUAGGUACUACAUUGUUCUAUGUUUGUUCCUCUUUAUCAGACACCGAAAUUGAAGAGUCAAAAUCGUGACAAAUGACAGUUCUGUAUCAUGUAAUCAAUGUAUUAUUAUCGUUUGUUUUAAGCAACAUGAAUUAAACACCAACCUGUUUAUCGUCUCUAAGAAUGUCUGUUUAGUGUUUACUACAGUUAAGUCACGAAAAGUCUGCAGCGAUUUUGAUAGCCCACGCAGUGCCAGUGUUAUUUAUACCUCAUAAUUUCAUAAAAGGAUGGCGUUUAAAAUAAUACUUGCACUGCGUGGGCUAUCAAAUCCGCUGCAGAUUUUUCUUGGUCUGACUAUGUGAGAAAUAUUGGAUUUCAAUGUCAAUAUUUCAUGCGUGAGUUUUACUUUUUGUGACCUCUUUGUAAUGUCUACGUAUGUAUAUAUGUCCCAAAAACACAGACCCAGCCUAGUGUCAGACUCAUUGGCAUACCUGGGAUAACUCGGGGCAAGUUCUAGGGAUUUGAUACCGAUAAAAAAGAUGUGGAUAUAAUUAAAUUCAUACAUGUGCUCAUUGAACAUUCUCGAUUACUAUAAAAAGGUUUAGCAGUUUAAAGUGGGUAUUUUCAUCUAGACGGCAAUCAUGAAUACUGACGAAUAUGGAAAAAAAUAGUGAUUGUAUAUUAUGAAAACUAUUUUGAAAUAAACAUAUACCUACACGUUUUAAUUUGUUUAUUUUUUUAUUUAAAAAUGAGGAAAAAAUAAGUAAAUCUUAUUUAUUUAUGUCGAAUAACAUUUAGAUGUUGACAGUAAUAUCGAUAUAUUUUUUUGUCGAUAAAAUAUUUUGCUACAUCACUUUCGUAUAGAUGCCCCGAGUUAUCCCAGGUAUUCAUUGGUAAUUUUCAAAUA